AUGCCGGUAGAUAGGAGCCAGCAUUGGUUGUCCCUGUUAAGACGCUGUCGAGACCGAAGAAUCCACCCAUAUGCACUUGUGCAACCUGUGCCGAAGGAGGAGAAUACCGUAGAACUCCACAGGGGGUAUGAACCCGGCCAAGGCAGUGAAGUGGCUAACGAGAUUGUUUUAUCCGGGUCACAACCACAAGAUGUGGAUGCUAGCACAUCGUCCGCCAUCGUCCGUCCGUCACAACCACAAGAUGUUGCACUUCCUCCUCCAGCACAUCGUCCGCCACGUCCCUCUGUACAGCAUUCAGAACCACGACCCUCUGUGCAACGUUCACAACCACGACCUUCUGUGCACCGUGCAGAACCUCAUCCUUCACAGCCAGGGAGCUCUUCCAGGCAUGAGCCACCUCCUUCACAGCCAGGGAGCUCUUCCUGGCAUGAGCCACCUCCUUCACAGCCAGGGAGCUCUUCCUGGCAUGAGCCACCUCCUUCACAGCCAGGGAGCUCUUCCUGGCAUGAGCCACCUCCUUCACAGCCAGGGAGCUCUUCCUGGAAUGAGCCACCUCCUUCACAGCCAGGGAGCUCUUCCUGGAAUGAGCCACCUCCUUCACAGCCAGGGAGCUCUUACUGGCAUCAGCCACCUCCUUCACAGCCAGGGAGCUCUUACUGGCAUCAGCAGAUGGAACUAGGCGGCAACCUGUCGCAACCGUUCAUGCAUUCAGAGCAGUCACCCAUCCUUAGUGGUGGUGCUGAUUACUUUGAGGGCGACCGCGAGGAUGAUGACCAUGCUACAAACAUUUAUGGCUUCUCGCAGACAGUGUUUCACACUCCACCACCACCACCGACGCAGGAGACACAGACCGUGACAGACGAGGUUAACUAUGGUCGUGGUUAUCGCGAGCCUCGUCCACCGCCUCAGCGCUUAUCGCCUUCCGGUCCUCGCCCGAGGAAGACCCAGACUCGUCGCCGUCCCCCGCAGUGAUAUGCUUAUUAUCUAUGUAUGACUCAUUAUCUAUGUUAGUUUCAGACUAUUCGCAUAUGCUUAUUAUCUAUGUAUGACUCAUUAUCUAUGUUACUAUCGCACUUCCUUCUAUCU